CCGACGAAAGCACCGGCACGCCGCCGGGGUUCGGUUCCGGCUCCGGCUCUGAUUCAGCACCAGCUGCUGCUGAGUCAGUCCCGGAACGUCUCUGUCCAGCAGAUACGAGGCCGCAUUUUUUUUUGGCUCCCUGGCAAGGUUGCCGGGAGGACAAAUUCAUCCAAAUUCAUGGGAGGCCUUUGAUUAUCUCCAGGCUAAACCAUGACGAGGCAGAACGAGGGUGGUGAUCUCCGGUAAUGAGGCGAAACGCAAAUUCCAGGUGACACAUGUGGCUAAAAAAUAUGGCUUUGGAUGGAUAAACAGGGAGGCUGGAAUGGUCAAUGGCUGUCUCACUUCCAGGAGGAAGGAUGGACGGGAGUAUAAAAAGGCUCCGGGCCCAGCUGGCUUCAUUCGCUCUUCUCCUCCCUUCGCCUCUCCUCACUCUUCAGCAGGCUCUGCCUCCGCUCCCACCGGCCCCAAGAUGCCCAACGGAUGCUGCGGAUGCCGCGGUGGAAAUAACUACUCCAUCUGCUGCUACAGCAGCCCCAAGACCUGCUGCAAGACGCCCAUGCAGUGCUGCAGCCCCAUGCAGUGCUGCAGCCCCUGCUGCAUGCCCAUGCAGUCCUGCUGCUACACCAUCAGCCGCAACAACAACAGGUGCUGCCGCGGCUGCUGCGGCGGCAACUGAGGCUCCCGGCUCGGACACGGAUGUGGACACGGAUACGGACACGGAUACCACCCCUGACGCUCUUCCUCCCGUGCUCGGACACCUCAGACUUCUCUUCCUGGCUGCCUUUCGUCCCCUGGUGCUUUGCUGCGCCCUGAAGCCGCUGCCCAGCGGGUUUCUGGCGCUGCUCCUCCUUUCCCUCGUGGUGCGUGGGAUGUUCGGUGCUGCUUCUCCCU